AUGGGCAUGUCGAUCAGUGGAUUUCAUUUCGGGACGCCGUCAAUCGAGAAGGAGAUCUCGCAGCAAAAACGAGAUGACGAUCCAUUUGAUUAUUGGGCAGACAUCAGGGGCUUCUACCGCACCACAAUCCUCACAGUGGAUUACUCGGGUGCUUUCUCUGGUCUGUUGCUGUUUGCCACCAGUCGUCUCCGGCCAGGGACGAAAUCUUUGAACGCUCUCUUCUUGUUACCGAUGAUGAUGCUUGUUCCCACGCUGAUGACAAUCCUCCGGAACGGAUGCGAAGGUCAUGUGGCAGACCAGCAACCUGCUUAUACAGUAUAUGCCUCCACAGAUGAGACGAUAUCGUUUGAUCUGCUGCCGGUGUGUUUUGCUACAAGCAGAGUUGGCUCACUUUGGGCAAUUGUCUAUUAUACAGCUCAGUUCUUGUACACCUCCUUAGGACCGAUGAUUAUUUACGUGUCUUUCAUCUAUCAGUCUUUCGUCGAUGACGUACCAACCGUCCAAAAUUUUGCUUCACUUUUCUUUGCCUUAAUCGUCACCGUAUUUGCCGCGCCAUCAGUCUUGCUCUACAUGCCGUUGGGUACGAAGAUUACCACAUUGUUCCGCUACACGUCGCAAUCGUCAAUCGUUCAAAUAUUGUGCUAUAUCGUCAUCUAUUUUGUAUACGGUUGGCAAACUAUCGAAUCUGACAUUUUGACGACGACUGAUUUGAGUACUGUGUCUCUUCUACAGUACCUUAUACGUCCCACCAGUCCUAUAUACACUGUGCUGUUGUUCACUCUUGUCCCUGCUUUGCUAUGUACCAAGUUCACCGCUGUAUUCGAUUUACUUCUACGUGGCAACGACGUCCUAAAACAUAUCGAUGCAGGAACAUGCUUCAUCCCUGGACCACUCUUUGCCCGGAGGGCUAUUGGUUAUGGUGAGUAG